GUGUUUCGCCGAGCGCAGCCGCUUGAUGUAGCGUAGACAUACGAUCUUUACCGGUGCCUCUGUUCGCCCUGCACUGCAUUACGGAUGAAGAAAGCGCAUCGCGACUUAAUCUCAAAUACCUCAAAGUCGAGUCCUAAUGCCCGAGAAGAGGAUUCUCAUUUUGAAGCAAGGCCUCAGAUGAUAUUAGCUCACGUUUUAGAAAUUUAUUUUGACAAAGAUUAAUCCGACUAACUGAUUCGGACUGGUGAAAAUCUGCUGCCGUCGCCGUCGGUGCGUGGUUGUGGAAGCGGGUCCUUGUUUACGUUCUGGCCAGAUCCCAAGCGUACAUGGUUUGCCAGUUAAGAGGAAAGGUUACACGUGCAUGUUUUUAUUUAUUUUGGAGAAAAUAUCUUCCUUUAUAGCAUAUCAUUACAGCUGAUAAUACACUGUAUCCACCUUUAUCCUGUGACGGUUGUUGAGGACAUAAAUCAUGGAUCUAGCUCACACACGGGCACCAGACGAGGUUCUGCAGCAUUUUGAUGUCAAGGAAGGAGUUGGUUUAUCUCCCCAUGUAGUCCAACAGCGUAUUGCUAAAUACGGACACAAUGAGUUGCCAGCAGAAGAAGGGAAACCUUUGUGGCAGUUGGUACUGGAACAGUUUGAUGACCUUCUUGUCAAGAUCCUGCUUCUAGCAGCAGUUAUCUCCUUUAUUCUUGCUUUGUUUGAGGAAGAUGAAGAUGAGAAAGUAACAGCCUUUGUAGAGCCCUUUGUCAUCCUCCUCAUCUUGAUUGCGAAUGCUGUCGUAGGCGUAUGGCAGGAGCGCAAUGCAGAGAGUGCAAUUGAAGCAUUGAAGGAGUAUGAGCCUGAGAUUGCCAAGGUUAUCAGGCAAGACAGGGUCGGUGUCCAGAGGAUACGAGCUAGGGAGCUUGUCCCAGGAGAUAUAGUAGAAAUCUCAGGUAAUAACCAUUAAUGAAGCUUUUAAUCACACUUUAUACACAAGCAUUCUCAAAAAUGUUUAUUAAUUUACCUACAUGUACUUAAACAUGUAUAUGUAUCAUUGUAUGACAUAUGUAGGUCUUACCACAAAGUUGGGGCAGAAUUAUGACAUGAUGGUUGUUUUAUGAUCAGGCCAUAUCAUAAAAAAUGCAGUGUGUGCAUCAUAAAAAGAAAUAUGUAUACUGAUAUUUCAAAUAUAAAUGGCAACCUUCUUUUCUAAUUUCGAGUCCUUGCCUCUUUAUUAGCAAUCAUGAGGCAUUGUUUUACCAAUCAGAAUUUAUUAUUGAAAUGCAAUUACUUGAAUGAUGAAAAUCCCCAAAGCCAGAGAUAAGAUAAUUUGUGACUCUUAAGCAAAAAUGGGGUGCCAAUUCUGUCCACAAAUGUAAAUUCUGUAUUUGGUACUUUUACAUGUAGUUAUACAUUACUUUUUUAAAUAAAAGUUUUUGUUAAUAAAUUGAACACUUUUAUGCAAACAACAAAAUUAGGAUGUUCACUUCACCCACAUCCACUUAUUUUUCAGUGUCCAUGAACUACAUGUUUAGUUACAACUAUUAAAUUCAAUGAACUCAGUACCAACCUAGAAGAAUAUUACUUUGUAAGGAUGAUAUUAAGACAAAGCCUUAAUUUUGAUUGAGUGUGAAAUCUAAAGCAAACAAGUUACAAUUGCCAACUUAAUGAAAAAGAAGUGUAUGAUUACACAACUUUUUGGAAAGACCCACAUGUAGUUUUGUUGCCUUACAAUUGCCUCACAAUUGCCUCACAUGCUUAAUGUUCAAAUCAAGAAUUGGGAUAGAGAUCUUGAUCAAUCUGUUUGGGACCACAUGAUCUUGUAUGCACAUGUGGUAUUUCCAUAAUAGGUUUAUUUCUUACAGCUAGCAGUAAUGUACUACAUGUACAUGUAUGCAUCUUUACAGUUUAUGUCGCAACUCGAAUUGGAAAGUGCAAUUUGAUACGUAUGAAGUAUCAUGGCGUGUGCCACUUGCGACCCAGUCACCAAAAUAAGCACAGCAAUUAGUACCCAGCAUGUCUCCUCAGAAGUUAGUAUACGUCUUUGGUUUGAGCAGGAUCCUUUACCAAGGGUGUCGUCAUGGGAGAUGGCUGGUGAGGCCAUUAAAAAACCCAGGUCACCAUCAUGAUACACAUGUACAUAACAAGAAUGAUGAUUAUGAUUUAAACAGGGAAAAUGGUAUAGAUCUGAAGAAUCCAACUUAAAGUUUUAUUUAAAACCAUUUGAAUUGUAGUACCCAGUUAGAUUUAUGUAACUUUUACGGGAGAAAUUUCAUGUUACUGCGUUUUCUUUUCAUCAAAGUCAGUAGCAAAAUGGUGCUAACGCAAGUUUUCAAUUUUUAUCAGAUUGUUUUUAUGGGAACAGACUAUGCAUGCUACAGGGCUCAGAAGAUAAAUGUCAUAUCCUUAUGAUCAGCAAGAUGAACUACAUGUACAUGAAAAUUAAAGAAAAUAAAAUAUUCCUCAUACUGGACUGGAUGAUGCAGGGUGUAGACUGAACUUUAAUCACUUGGACACUGAAAAUUAUUGCAACAUUUUCCCAGUAGACAAGAAGAAAACAACAGCCUAUUUUCUUUCAUUUUGCUGUUCAGAUGAUUUAAGGAAAAAGGAUAAAUCUACUACUGAUGCUGCUAUAAAAUAAAUAUCUCUCAAAAGCACAUGCAUACAUGUAGUUGCAUACCCCUUCUUUGUACCUGACCAAAAUAGUACUUACAAAACAUAACCACAGGUUCAAAUCUGAUAGCUAAUGCUGAUGUUAACAUAUCAUCUGACAUUAAAGCUGUAGUAUACUAUUAAUCGUUUAACAGACAUAAAGUGAAGCAGAUAAAACAGCUUGAUUUUAGAUUGACGCCAUCAACCUUGUGCCCUGGAAUCAUUAAGCCCCCUAUUGUUUUGAGCGAAUGACAGCCUGUGGCUGUUGUUCCCCCUCCAUCUUUGUGGGCCAUGAUAGUCUGACACUCGUGCCCGGACAUCAAACUCCCACCCUGAGCCGACCAGGCUUGGCAGGUCUGUCAUCAAACUACAAGCAGAUAAUAGAUAUGAAUUAGGCGGAGAGAGUGGGAGCUGUCGGAUGUAAUAUAAAUGAGAAUUUCGUAGAAUUAUGGUGUAAGCUAUUUUUUUUAUCGGCUGUUUGUGAUAUUGAGGUGUGAUGGGAUUACGUGUAGGUUAUAAGGGGUUUGACAAGAUGAGUCUUACUAACACCAAAGUCUUAUUAAUGAGCUGAUUAUUGUUCUCAUUAGCUUUGAACUUCCUUCAGUGAGAAUCACCUCUGAAACCUACCUGGUUCUUGUUAUUGUUGAAUUUGUAGUAAAAUCAGAAAAGAACGAAAUUAUAGGGUAUCUGUAAUUUUAAGAAAUAAAGGAAUCAAUAAACAAUUCUAUUUGUUUUGAAAAAAUUGUAAAUGUCUAUUCAAUAUCUAGUAUGCCAUUAAUGUAGCUGCACUUGAAAGUGAGACAAAGAUAUGAUAAAGUUAAUCUUAAAAGUAAAGUAGAUUCUAGAAAGGAUUUUAUGUAUACCUAUAGGCAGAUAACCUUUUGAAUGUUGUGCUAAAUACAGCAGUAAGUGGGUGUGGAAUCAGCCUUGAUUAUAUCCCUAUCUUGAGGGCACUGUGUAGCAGAAUGAUUGCAUCAGCUCUCCCUUUUUAAGAUCAACCCACUGUACUGAUUCUUCAGGCUACUAUUAAAUCUAUGAUUAGAAAAACAUCAAUAUUUGACGGCUCUUUUAUCAUUGAAGCAUCUUACCGAUCAAAAUGUAUUGUUAAAAAGAAGAGGGGGAGGGGAGAGCAUUCACAUUGAUAUAAUAGCUUGAAAGGUCAGUGCUAUUUGUUC